AUGGUUGCAGCAAUCUCAGCAACGUGGUCUCAACUCCUUUUCUCAAGCUCUCGUUCUUCUAUCUCUCGUCUCUCUCCUUUCCAUUUAUGUGUUUCCGAUGCUAAGAAGCUCUUUGCAUGUCCCGCCACCAGCAAAAGUCAUGGCUGCACCGGAGGAUCCACAACCGGAAUCCGGUGCUCGACUGUUGGAACUGAACCUGCCACAGAGACAAAGAAGAAAGGCGGAUACGAAAUUCAAACAUUAACCAGCUGGUUAUUGAAACAGGAACAAACAGGGAACAUAGACGCGGAACUCACGAUUGUUAUCUCUAGCAUCUCCAUGGCGUGUAAGCAAAUAGCGGCGCUAGUGCAGAGGGCUAGCAUUUCGAACUUGACAGGAGUCCAGGGUGCCGUUAACGUGCAAGGCGAAGACCAGAAGAAGCUCGACGUCGUCUCCAACGAGGUGUUCUCUAAUUGCUUGAAAUCAAGCGGGAGAACGGGGAUUAUAGCAUCAGAGGAAGAGGACGUGCCGGUUGCGGUGGAAGAAAGUUUCUCCGGCAACUACAUUGUCGUAUUCGAUCCUCUCGACGGAUCCUCCAACAUCGAUGCCGCUGUUUCAACUGGUUCCAUCUUCGGCAUUUACAGCCCCAACGAUGAAUGCCUCGCCGACGCCGGUGAUGACUCCACGCUGGACCAAGUGGAGCAGAGGUGUGUGGUGAGUGUAUGCCAACCUGGCAGCAACCUAUUGGCAGCAGGGUACUGUAUGUACUCGAGCUCGGUGAUAUUCGUGCUGUCGAUCGGAAAGGGAGUGUUCGCGUUCACUCUGGACCCCAUGUACGGGGAGUUCGUUCUAACCCAAGAGAACAUCCAGAUACCAAAAUCGGGGAAGAUCUACGCGUUCAACGAAGGGAACUACCAGCUGUGGGAUGAUAAACUGAAGAAGUAUAUCGAUGACUUAAAGGAUCCGGGUCCCACCGGCAAGCCCUACUCCGCCCGAUACAUCGGCAGCCUCGUCGGCGAUUUCCACCGGACGCUUCUCUACGGUGGAAUCUACGGAUACCCAAGAGACAAGAAGAGCAAGAAUGGGAAGCUAAGACUACUGUACGAGUGCGCACCCAUGAGCUUUAUAGUGGAACAAGCUGGUGGCAAAGGAUCAGAUGGUCACCAGAGAAUACUCGAUAUUGAACCAGUCGAGAUUCAUCAGCGUGUUCCGCUUUACAUUGGAAGCCUAGAAGAAGUUGAGAAGUUAGAGAAGUUUUUGGCUUGAUUUGAUAAUGUCCUCAAAGCUUAAGACAGAUAAUCCUUAUUUUGA